GAAUGGAAAGUUGUUUUGAGGAUUUGUACUAGCCAGUCUUGUAAACUAGUAAGCUAACAAUCUAAGGACUCUCAGCUGAGCUGAGGGUUCAGCUAUUUUCCUCAAAUAAUUGCAUUGAAACCACAAGCUGAUAUUGCACAACGUUUGCGAACAACACCGUAAACACUUCCGUGUGGCUUAAUAGGGCUUUAGAGGACCAAGCUCUGACAGUCUCGUCGUCGCCAAGAUUUAUGGAAAAGACUGCUAAUUUAGCUCUGAGGAAUUAGCCAAAGGAGUUGGCUGGGAGUUGCUUUUUGCUAGUAAAAGUGGUGUUUCACGCGAAUCAACACAUAGAAAUUGUAACAUCUGGACAGAUGUUAGCCUUGACAUCAAUGGAGCAAAUGCGACUAAGUUGCCAGUUGAACACUUCGUGAUUGGUGGAUCAUCCUAGAUUAAACGGCGGGACUGGAAAACUCAACUAUGCUAGUCAACUCUCAGCGUUGACUCUGAGACUGAAAUCUCUUCCAUUCCUUUCCGUCUAGUUGAUGGCUAGACGUUAGAUGGCUAGCUCUUCGAGAAAGGGCGACGAAGGAUAAAAAUGAAUUCCGCUUACAACUGUACCUGUCGGCUUACUAUUUUAAGCCGCUGAUCUUUGUAAAACCAUGACAUCAGUUUUGUGGUCGCCGCGGUGCGUAAAUUACAUUUAAAGUUAAAAUAAUCUGUACCUCCCUGAAAAUCCUAUCCAUGCUCGGACGAGGUAAAGAGGCACUGGUCGGAGUCAAGAAAAGCUCACAAAGUGGGAUUGUGACAAAUAAGUUUAUUUCUUAAAACCCGUAGCUACUUGGGACGCAUUUACGAGAGCACGACUUAGUGAAACACUCCAAUUAUGGAUUCUUCACUCAAACAGGCGUUAAAGAGACCUCCAUCGCGACGAACAGCAGAGGAUCUGAACAACAUCUACUGCCACCUUUACCACAUGGAUGUGCUGUCACACCUGAGAGAACACCAGCUAAGGUCCAUGUGCACCUCAGCCAGAUAUGAGCGCUAUGAUGCCAACCACAUCCUGUUCUAUCCGGAUAACAUCUCCACAUGCUGGUACAUCCUACUGUCCGGCUCGGUCUUCGUGAAGGAGCACAUGUACUUGGCGCGCUGCUGCUUCGGGAAACAGCUGGGUGGACGACGAGGCUGUGAAUGCAUCACCUUAGAGCCGUCCGAAAUGAUUGUGGUGGAAAACGGCAGCGAGGGCGAGGACGCGGCGCUGCAGAGGGACGGCCCGCACCGACACUCGCGCCGGCGCUUCCGACGGGUCAACCCCCGCGGCGAGCGCGAACUCAUCACCGACGGACAGGACCCUGCCAGACCAGCCACGGACUACGCUGACCAUCAGCUUCCUGGAGACCUCAACAAAAUGCAUCUCACAGACCACCCCCACCAGCAGAUGAUGCACAUGGCUCCCAGCCAAUCAGGGUGCAGCAUCGCCAGUGACUCCGGCAGCAGCAGCCUAUCGGAUAUCUAUCAGGCCACAGAGAGCGAGAUAGGAGAUGUGGACCUGUCAGGGCUGCCAGAGGCCGCCGUGGACUCUGAGGAAGAGGAGGAGGAAGAUGAAGACCUGGAGCGGGCAACGGACCCUCUGCUCGGUCGAGACCUGGUGCGCGAGUGUCUGGAGAAGGACCCGGCUGACCGCACCGAUGACGACAUCGAGCAGCUCCUGGAGUUCAUGCACCAGCUGCCGGCGUUCGCCAACAUGACCAUGUCGGUGAGGAGGGAGCUCUGCACGGUCAUGGUGUUUGAGGUGGUGGAGCAGGCGGCCACGGUCAUCCUGCAGGACAGACAAGAGCUGGACCUGUGGUACGUGAUCGUGAACGGCUCGGUGGAGAUCAGCCACCCCGACGGCCGGGCGGAGAUCCUGUGCAUGGGCAACAGCUUCGGCAUCUCGCCCUCCCUGGACAAGCAGUACAUGAGCGGCCUGGUCCGCACCAAAGGCGACGACUGCCAGUUUGUGUGCAUCGCCCAAGAGGACUACUGGCGCAUCCUUAACCAUGUGGAGAAGAACACGCACAAGGUGGAGGAGGAGGGCGAGAUCGUCAUGGUGAAGGAGCACCGCGAGCUGGACCGCAGCGGCACACGCAAGGGACAUAUCGUCAUCAAGGGGACACCAGAGCGUCUGAUCAUGCACCUUGUGGAGGAGCCGUCGGUGGUGGACCCCACUUACAUUGAGGACUUCCUGUUGACCUACCGCACCUUCCUGUCCAGCCCCAUGGAGGUCGGCCGCAAGCUGCUGGAAUGGUUCAAGAUGGACACCCUCCGAGACACGGUCACGAGAAUAGUGCUCUUGUGGGUGAACAACCAUUUCAACGACUUUGAAGGGAACCCAGAAAUGACCCAGUUCCUGGAGGACUUUGAGAAGCAUCUUGAAAAAGAGAAGAUGAAGGGCCACCUGCGGCUACUGAACAUCGCCUGCGCUGCCAAAGCCAAGUGGCGGCAGGUGACCCUGCAGAAGCCCUCGCGCGAAUCUCCGCUGCUCUUCUCCCUGCUGGGCGGCAGCGAGCGCGGCUUCGGCAUCUUCGUGGAGGCCGUGGAGGAGGGCAGCAAGGCGGCCGAGGCCGGCCUCAAGCGAGGUGACCAGAUAAUGGAGAUCAAUGGGCAGAACUUUGAGAACAUCUCCUAUUCCAAGGCCAUGGACAUCCUGAGGAAUAACACACACCUUUCCCUGACUGUAAAGACCAACAUAUUCGUCUUUAAGGAGCUGAUGAGCCGCAUCCUGCACGAGAAGAAGAACGGUGGGCCCCACAUCCCCAAGAUCCAGGAGAAGAAGGGCAACCGCUUCUCCAUCCCCGACCUGCCGGGCGACAUGGAGUUCCCCACCGACAAGAGCCACAAGAAGCUCAAGGCCAACACCGUGUCCGGCGGCCGCAACAAGAUCCGAAAGAUGCUGGAAAAGACCCGCUUCAGCAUCCUCCCACCCAAGCCCUUCAGGGGACUGUUUGGUGAUGGUGGUGUGGGCCAGUCUCAGGACGACAGCAUCGUGGGCACCAAGCAGGCGCGCCACAGCCUGGCAAUCAUGCCCAUCCCCGGCAGCCUGUCGUCCAGCAGUCCAGACCUGCUGCAGCCCGCCACCAGCGUCCUGGACUUCUCCAACCCCUCAGCUGUGGGUUUCUACUACAUUCCAGACCAGGUGAUCCGCGUGUUCAAGGCGGACCAGCAGAGCUGCUACAUCAUCAUCAGCAAGGAUACGACGGCGAAGGACGUGGUGUCGCACGUGGUCAACGAGUUUGGGCUGCUGGCGGCGUCGGACACCUACUCCCUGUGCGAGGUGUCCAUCAGCCCGGAGGGCGUCAUCAAGCAGCGCCGGCUCCCUGACCAGCUCUCCAAACUCGCCGACCGCAUCCAGCUCAACGGCAGGUACUACCUGAAGAACAACAUGGAGACUGAGACGCUGUGCUCAGACGAUGACGCCCAGGAGCUGCUGCGCGAGAGCCAGAUCAGCCUGCUGCAGCUCAGCACCGUGGAGCUGGCCGCCCAGCUCUCCAUGCGCGACUUCGACCUCUUCCGCAACAUCGAGUCCACCGAGUACCUGGAGGACCUCUUCAAGCUGGACGGCACGUACAGAGUGGCGAGAGAUGACGCCGGCCUGACCCACCUGAAGCAGUUCGAGGAGAUCAUCAACCAGGAGACGUUCUGGGUCGCCACGGAGAUCCUGCGCGAGCCUAACACCAUGAAGCGCAUGAAGACCAUCAAGCUCUUCAUCAAGAUCGCCCUGCACUGCCGCGAGUGCAAGAACUUCAACUCUAUGUUCGCCAUCAUCAGUGGUCUGAACCUGGCACCGGUGGCUCGCCUGCGGAGUUCAUGGGAGAAGCUGCCCAGCAAGUACGAGAAGCUGUUCCGCGACCUGCAGGACAUCUUCGACCCGUCCCGCAAUAUGGCCAAGUACCGCAACGUGCUGAGCAGCCAGAGCAUGCAGCCACCCAUCAUCCCCCUCUUCCCCGUCGUCAAGAAGGACCUCACCUUCCUACACGAGGGGAACGACUCGAAUGUCGAUGGCCUGGUAAACUUCGAGAAGCUGCGGAUGAUCGCCAAGGAGAUCCGGCACGUGGUGCGCAUGACCUCGGCCAACAUGGACCCCGCCCUCAUGUUCCGACAGAGGAAGAAGAGGUGGAAGAGCUUAGGGUCACUGAGUCAGGGCAGCACUAACUCCAACAUGCUGGACGUCCAGGUGGGUGCCCAUAAGAAGCGUGUGCGGCGCAGCUCGCUGCUCAACGCCAAGAAGCUGUACGAGGACGCGCAGAUGGCCCGCAAGGUCAAGCAGUACCUGUCCAACCUGCAGGUGGAGACCGACGAGGAGAAGUUCCACAUCAUGUCCCUGCAGUGUGAACCCGCCUACAGCACAUUGUCUAAGAAUCUGAGUGAGAGGAGGUCCACUAAGUCGGACAUGUCUCCCGUGUCUCUGCGCUCAGCCUUGCCCUCUGGGAAGUCCCAGAACCGUGUGUCCCAAGUCCUGCAGGUGCCGCCCGUCAGCCUGUACGGCCCGCUCCGCAAGAAGAGCCUGGCCAAAGACCUGGCACACAACUCCGGCUCUCCCCAGGUGCAGAAGAAGCCGUCGAGUACGGGAGAGGAUUGGAAGCGGCCGGAGGACAGCGUGUCAGCCGCCUCCUCUCUCCACUCCAGCCCCACGGUGUCCCCACAGGGCUCUCCACGCAAAGGCUCCAAGGCGGGCAGCGUCAGCAGUGGCACUGGAACUGGCACCGGUGGCAGCGGCGGCCCUGGAGGUCCCGGGCGCAGCUACGGCAUAGGCUACGCGCUGAUGCCGGCGGGGAAGACGGACCUGUCGGACUCGAGCCACAGCGAGAUCUCGUCGCGCUCCAGCAUCGUCAGUAACUGCUCCGUGGACUCCAUGCUGGCGGCCGCCCCCGAGGAGCGCGGCACCAACCACCAGCGGCCCUGCAGCGCACCAAACGCCAGCACCGCACACGCACACACACUCCCCCAGGCCGACGGCGGUCAGCCCUGCACAAGUUCGUUGGGGGCACGUCCCUCGGUGACGCGCGCCUCCACAUUUACGUCGUCAAUGAGCACGGACGAGCUGAUGCCGGACCACACCUCGGUCGAGGCGGCUGACAGCGGGCGCGGCAGCUGGACCUCCUGCUCCAGCAACUCGCACGACAACUUCCAGAGCAUGCCGGCGCAGCGUGCUCUGCUGGACCUGCCCUCAUACCGCCACUCGCAGCUCGGCGGCCCCAUCGCCGAGGUGGAGCCCGGCAACACCUGGACGGAGGACGCCGCGGCCGCUAACCGACACUCCAGAGACAGCUCCGAGCUCAACCCGUCGCGGCAGAGCUGGGCGUCCUCCAGCUCGCUGUCCGACACCAGCUAUGAGGGCAACUACGGGACCAUCAAGCGCCGGGCAGCCGAGCAGUCCGCCGCGCAGGGCGGAGAGUCCUCGGAGGGCUCCCAGACGUCGGACACCAGCUACAAAACGGUCACGUCCAGCACAGAGAAGGGCCUGAUAGUGUACUGUGUAACGUCGCCCACCAAGGACGACAGGUUCAGGUUGCCUCCGCCCACUCCGCCGGGGUACCAGGGCUUGGCGCUGCUCGGCGACGCACAGGAGGGAGCGCCGCCGAUGCCGCGGCCGCCCCACUUAAAGCCGCCCGACUAUAGCGUGGCCCUGCAGAGGUCAAAGCUGGUCCCCAGCAGGCCCCCCAGUGUGGCCGCUGGCCCUCAGCCGCUAGCGGAUAGUGAGGAUGACGAACAGGUCUCAGCAGUGUAAGUGCAGACACGUGACAGGUGGACGGCGCUGGACAGAUGAGCGAAUGAGUAAGACCGAGAGAAGAGAGUGGUCUCACAAGAGCUAGAGCACCACUGGGAUUGCUGUGGCCUCCCCUCGAGACAAGAGCACACGCACCUCACCCGCACCUCUACCUGCCCACAGUGCAACCUCACCUGUCCCUUCACAAACAGUGUCACACACACACACACACACACACACACACACACAUAGACUUGUUUUUAGGCCAUUCAUAGUAGUGGAUGGCUUGUUUUUAAACUCACUUUGCCUCAGGCUCCAGAACUGAAUUGAACUGAAUUGAUAGCACAGGAUGGAGUGUGUGUGUGUUCAAUAUCAUGGCCUCUCGUGCAGAGAAAGGAAAAAAAAACAAUCCAUGAUGACAACCUUGGCUUUUUUUUUUUUUAACGAUUUGCUUUUGUAAUAGUACCUCUGUUGUGUGACCACACUUAGCUCACCCUCAGCAGCAGUCUGGAACAGUGGGAUUGAAGGGUUCAACUCGUAGAUUCUCUGGUGGAGCUCCAAGUAGCACACAAGAGGGUGGAUGUAAUGGAGAAAAAUGAGCUUACGCCACUUUUCCACCCGCGCCGUGUUGUGGUUCCGGCAGUUUCCGUAAACAUUUGCACCAGAACAUCCCAGUGCAGACCCACACUGUAUCAUAGUGUUUAGAUUUAAGUGUGUAAGUAGGACUGACAUUUGAUGGUCUAUUGCUAGCACAGCUGGCCCCCGAUUACAGUCUGUCUUGUGUUUUAGAUUUAAAAAUAUCAGUCAUUCAGAUUUCAAGAAAGUACAAUUUUUUAAGGUGCCAUUUUGAAAGCGCUAAAUUCAAGGGGACUAGCUAAGGGAUAAUGGACGACACGUCACGCCACUCAGGAGACGUUUGAGGUGAUAUUUAUAAUAUUUGGUCUCUGGAGUUUACUGCUAAAGGUCUAUGGAGAGUGACCUGGAGUGGGUAGGUAUGGCAUGGAUGUCUGAUUCAUGAAUCUCACCCAAGCCUAGUCCAGAAAGCUCCUCUACAGACCCUUUGGAGAGGGAAUCAAGCUCACUCUGGAAGUGUCCAAGAGACAGGACAUUGUGCGAUCAAGGCAUCCGCAUCCACAUUAGAGACGCGCUAAUGAGUUAGUAUGAAUUAGACAAGCUCUUCUAGUGUGGAGUAGAUCAAAGGGUCUUGGCAUGGCUGUCUGUCCCUGGUGCAAACGUUUGAAACCAGUCUAUCUUCUCUCUGUGUCUCACAUUGGCUCUGUGUGUGUCUGCUUCAAAAAAGAAACAUGAGGUAAACACUCCUUUCAGUAUGACUCAAACCAGUCGGAGUCAGAAAAAGAACAAAGCAUCACCAACAUAAUAAAAGCAAAAGCUUUCUUCGAAUGCAGUUGGACACAUAUAUAUAUAUAUAUAUAUAUAUAUAUAUAUAUAUAUAUAUAUAUAUAUAUAUACACACACCCACACACACACACACACACUAGCACUGUAUAACCAUGCUAGCGAGAGAGCUUUAUGUUCAUCAUGUGUGGCCGACAUGACAAGUGUUUACAUAGAAACCCCAUUUGUUUACAGUUGGUAUUAGCCUCAGUGGUUGUCAGUUUUAAAUGUUGCAAUGAGAAAAUCAUGGCUUUUUGAAAUUGUUCGUAUUGUUUUUAGUUGGUAUUAAUGCAGGACAUGUGGAUGCAGCAUCAGAAACUGUUCUUAUUGUACCUCAUCCCCUAACACAUUCUCCCUCUGUCUUCCACGUCUGGCUCCUGCUCUUGUGUUCGUGUACUGUACAUAACAGUGGAAUAUAAACAAGGACUGCUUGUCAAGGGAAAUAUAUUUAUAUUAGUAGGUGUGUAUUUGGUUUACCAUUCCUUGUUGGUAUAAUGCCAUUUUUGGAACAAAAGUACAUUUUUGUAUAGUAUUUUAAAGAGACUGCUUCGAUGUUUAUUGCUUCCUGCAAGACAGAUUCAUAUAAUUUCUAUGUAAGCAGCCUUGUAAGAAGGCAUGGACGUGCAGAUUUGUAUUAUAUUAAGGGAUAGAACUGGAGUAUCUCAUUUUUGGCUGUCUGGUUGCAAAGCUUACAUUGUUUUGUCUUUUUAAUUUCCCUUUGCCAUUGAAAGACUUGAAAAUGGUAAUAUAUACAUACAGUUUUUACAUAUAUAUUUUUAUUUGUUAUAAAUUAAUGUUCCUGAUCGUGUAUAGUUCAAGAGAAAGUCCUCUAUAAAGACUGUAUUUGUAAUAUUUUGUUAUAAUAAAAAUUCAAGAUUGCAGUUGCCCUGUUGCUGUGACGGGGCAGGAAUCUAUCAAGCAUUUUCAUUUCCUUGAGUUCACUCUGUUUUUGUUUACUAUGUCAUGUGUAUUUUCUCAGUCUUGCAUACCAGGAACUGUUAUCAGAGGAUGGUUAUUUAUUUAGUUUAUUUAUUUCCAGAUGUUUUGUUUUUGGUGCCAGUUUGAGGCUCUCAUCACUACCCCUCAUCCUCCGCCCCAAUUCCCCCUCCACCACCUCCCCCAUGUCCAGGAGACUUGACCCUUCAGCAGGGGAGUUUUGACCAUUCUAACAGAUUUUGUUCCGCAACAAUGUACGGUUCUAAAAUACCAUGUUAAAUAUAGCCAGAUAAACCCAGAUAUUCUUUAGAACGUUCAAUUUCCAACAUUCCUGUCACACCGGUGUGACGGUACCGGCUUAAUGGUUAAAUGUAAGUCAUGGGGCACUCAGCUUGCCAUUCCAUCUGCCUAUUUGACGCUACUGCUUCAGGGUUGAAUGUCAGGUUCAGAUGAUCAGGGUUUAUGGUCAAUAUCAGGGUCAGUGUAAUCCUCAGCAGCCCUGCUUUGCUGUAAGACCAGAGUUAGUUCUGCUGCCGUUGUCCAGGUUCAGGUGAAGAUCAGGGUCAGGAGCGCUGGCGGGACAUCCAGGCUCUGACGAGGUCGUGAGGAACGAUAACACAGGGCACGUUGCCGCCCGUAGAAUAGAGCCUGCUGUGUCUCGUCGCUCUCUCCAUCAGAGCUUCCCAGCUCCUUCAUUUGCACAUGAUGUUUUUUUGCCUCCCCCCAGCAACCUUGUGAAGGUUCCCAAUCUCAAUAUGCCUGAAACAAUCUGGAGCGAAGCUCAAAAUAGAGUCCUUUAUCUUUUAGCCUUAAAAUACACUUUUGUGGCUUCCUUGGAAAUAUGAUUGCUGUGCAGAGAUUUGGAUCAGUUUCUCGUGACUCACAGCGCCUCCUCUGAAGGUUCACGAAACACAUAGUGAAGCCGAUGAUGCACGCCUAGUGAGAAACCCCCCAUGCCCCCAUUCCAGUUAUUUUUCCUCUGUUCAGCUGAUUGUAUGACCUUGCAACCCUCAUUCAUAUUCUGUCUUUCCAACUUAACAUUUUUUAGGUCUACAUUCUUCAGCUAAAUGCCAUGAAGUAUUUGUCAAAACAACUCAUGCUAAUGAUGCAGUCCACAUGGCCAAACAAUAUGAACUAUCCUCAGGUACAAUGUUCUAAAGUAAUUAAUGAGGAUUAGUAUUAUAGUGUUCUUAUGUAUACAGGUUACAAACUACAGCGCUAAAGUGAGUCCUAACCAUCCUAACCUAACUGCAUGCUGUAAUGUAAUUUACCUAAGAACAUUGUACUGUACUCUUCCUUAAGGACACAUUAUAGUCUAAAAUGAAAAAUAAAAAAAAAAUACCUGACAAAAACUCAUGAAAAUAUAAUAAU